AUGGGGAUUUUAUUCAUCAACAUCCAAAUCCUUUACACCCCACAGCCUCGUCAUGGCCCUUUGAACUAUGGGGAAUGGGAUGUAGACAAUCCUAUUGAACUAUCAUCGUCUUUGGGACAUCGGUUCAUAUUGGCUGCAAUAGAUUACUUCUCCAGAUGGGCAGAAGCAAUCCUGCUAAGAGAAGUCAAGACUGAGAAUAUUCUCAGAUUCUUCAAGGAAAACAUUUUAUACAGAUUUGGGACUCUAAGAAGAAUUAUUUCAGAUAAUGGCACCCCUUUCAGAAGCUUCAAGGUCGGGAGAUGCUAUGGGUUGGCAAAAGCAUUCAACAAAACCCUCUCAAAGUUGUUGAAGAAAGCAGUGUCAAGAUCAAAAAGGAUUGGCAUGAAAGACUCCCGGAGAUGCUAUGGGCAUAUCACACUACCUAUAGGACUCUGA